AUGCACUUAAUAGCCCGGAUGUUCAGGUAGGCGAUGCUCAAAUUGCACAACCAAACUUCCAGGAUUUCAUUCAGAAGACUUGCUACAUUGUCGGUAACGAAGCUUCAGAGAAGAAACAUGUCAGCGAACGAACGUAAGGAGAGUGGCAGGUUGCUUGGACUGUCCACCAGAGCAGCGCAGUUGUUACAGAGACUGAAGACGUUCAUGGACGAAAAGGUGUAUCCAGCAGAGAAGGUUUUUGUUUCACAACUUGAAUCUGCACCGUCUCGUUGGACGGUCUUGCCAAUCAUUGAACAACUAAAAUCCGAAGCAAAACGACAAGGUUUGUGGAAUCUCUUUUUGCCAGACAUCUCUGGUCUAUCUCAACUCGAAUAUGCUCACUUGGCUGAGGUCAUGGGUCGAUCACCAGGCAUUGCUCCUGAAGCAUUCAACUGCAGUGCUCCUGAUACCGGUAAUAUGGAGGUCUUACACAUGUAUGGAAGUAACGAACAGAAAAGGCAGUGGCUCGAACCAUUGCUGGAUGGCCGAAUUCGAUCCGUAUUUUGCAUGACUGAGCCUGCAGUUGCUUCUUCAGAUGCCACGAACAUGGAAUGCACAAUUGAAAAAAAUGGCGACCACUAUGUGAUUAAUGGCAGGAAGUGGUGGAGUAGUGGGGCUGGUGAUCCACGAUGCAAAAUUGCCGUUUUGAUGGGUCGAACUGGAUCGGAUGAUAUGCCCAAACAUAAGCAGCAUUCUAUGAUACUCGUACCAAUGGACAGUCCAGGAGUACAGAAGAUACGACCACUGCACGUGUUUGGAUAUGAUGAAGCGCCUCAUGGUCAUUUUGAAAUUAAAUUUGAAAACGUCCGUGUGCCCGUAUCAAACAUGAUUCUCGGGGAAGGCAGGGGAUUUGAGAUCGCACAAGGUAGAUUAGGACCCGGACGAAUCCAUCACUGUAUGAGACUGAUUGGAAUGUCCGAAAGAGCUGUUGACAUGAUGUGCAAACGAGCUAUCAGUCGGACUGCAUUUGGCAAACCAAUAGCCAGACAGGGUGUCGUACAGCAUCAGAUUGCACAAUCACGAAUAGAGAUAGAGCAGGCCAGGUUGCUUACACUCAAUGCUGCUGAUACUAUUGACAAAUAUGGAACUAAAGUGGCUCGUGCAGAAAUUGCGAUGAUCAAGGUAGUUGCACCUCAAAUCGCUCAAGCUAUCGUUGAUCGUGCUAUCCAGAUCCAUGGAGGAGCUGGUGUUUGUCAGGAUACUCCAUUGCCGAUGUUCUUUUCCUACGCUCGGAGUAUCCGCAUAGCUGAUGGCCCAGAUGAAGUACACUUUGCUUCAGUAGCUAAGCAUGAAUUGAAAAAGCAUCUGGGUGCAAGACUAUGACAUUGUGGCUGUUAUCUAAUUUGUCACAUUUCAUAACACACUUAUAUCUCAAUACAGGCUCAGGAUAUUAUUCACAAACUACUAGUACAGUAGCAGCAAAAACAAACAAACUGCCGCAUGCUUCAAAUAUGGUAAGUAAGUAGUAUUGAUUGCCAUCAUGAAAAUUCAGCAAUUAGAAGAAAUCAAGUUUGGCAUAGUAGAAAUAGCUAUAUCUAAGAUCAACAGUCUGCUAAAACUG